UGUAAUAAAAUAAAAAUAAUCAAAGAUUUAGUAAAAUAAAAAGAAUAAAAAGAAUGUCGAAUUCAAGAAGAUGUGCAGCUUGCAAAUAUUUGAGAAGAAGAUGUCCUAAAGAUUGCGUUUUUGGGCCUUAUUUUCCUUCAAAUAAUAUUGAGAGAUUUUCUUGUGUGCAUAAAAUCUUUGGAGCUAGCAAUGUUGCCAAGAUGUUGAAGCGACUCCCAGACGGAAAGAGGAGGGAGGCAGCGGAGAGUCUGGUGGUGGAAGCGAGGUCGCGGGUUCGAGACCCGGUGUAUGGAAGUGUUGGGACAAUAACUCAACUUAGACAACAAAUAUUGGAAGCUGAAUUUGAGUUGGCCAAGACACAAGGUCUCAUUGCCUUACGCCGAGCACAACAUCUACAUGAACAACAACAACAACAACAACAACAACACCAUUUAUUAUUAAAAUCAGAAACUGAUGAAAAAUUGAUUACUAAUUAUAAUCAAGAUCAUUUUCAUUUUGAUUAUUCUUACAAUAAUCCACAACAACAAAUUACAUCUUUUGGGGAUUAUUUUUCUGAUGAAUCCUAUUUAUAUUAGUACAAUUAUUCGUAAUUGUACACCACUUUGGAAUAGUGAAAUAAGGAGGACAACAUAUAUUCUUCUCAUCUAGAAAUGAUGGUAGCUACUAUAGUGUAAU